AUGCUGUCCCGCGGAUUGUUUUGGAAGCCACUUUUUAAGAAUACUCGGCUCGUAAGAUUUCAGAGUGGUAAAACGGGGACCGGCCCACUACCAAACGCAGCGAGGCCUCCGCGUUACACUUUAGCCACCGUGCGCUCUUUCCCCUCUUUAGAGCCUUUGAACUUUGCUCCAGUUCCAACGUCAGUGUUAGCUGCUCCAUUGCGUAGAGACCUACUGUGGAGAGCUGUUGUGUACGAGAACGACAACAAGCGGGUGGGUUCAUCCAAUCCUCCAGGUAGAAGUGAAAACGGCUAUUCAAGACGUAAAUUGCUUCCCCAGAAAGGGUCUGGUAAAGCAAGAGCUGGUGAUGCCAACUCUCCAAUUAGGCACAAUGGUGCAAGAGCACUCGCAAGAUCUGCUCCCAACGAUUAUACGACUGAGCUACCAAAGAAGGUCUACUCCUCGGCGUUCAAUACUGCAUUAAGUUAUCAGUACAGAAAAGGAAAUCUCUUUGUCAUCGGUGGUGACAAUAGCUUGGCGGAAAUAAACAGUUUGGAUGUCAAUGAACUGGAUGUUCUGCCUACCUCCUUAGAGGCAGAUGACGGUGAUCUUGUUUUUGAAAAGUUUAUCAAAGAGUUUAAGCUCGAAAAAAAGAAGCUACUGUUCAUUACAAGUGAUUUGAGGCCCGGGUUGUUCAAAUACACCGAGCAAUUCAAAAAUGAGGUAAGUAUUGUUCAACAAGAGUUUGUCGACGUAAACGAUUUGCUUAAGGCGCACAGAAUUUUCAUCGAACUGGAGGCAUUAGAGUAUCUGGCCGUCACGCACUCAUUUUAA